CUGUGCGACGACCCGUACCAAUGACGACGCACAAAAGGAAAAUUCGCUGUCGUGCGACCGAAAACCCGCAGUGUAGAGGUAGAAGCUUAUGUCCUUCGGAGCCUGUGUUUCCCCGUCUUAUUCUACACUUUAAGCUUAUCCGGACAACAGCUUCUAUAAUAGGAAGUAGUAGCGGAUCGCUCCCUAGACUCUCCACUUUCUUAGCAGACGCGAAAGACUCACAGCGAUCGCCAUGGUGGUUUGAAAGCAGCUAGUAUGACCUUUUUUUCAGCUCAAUUUCUUCUUAGGCAAGCGAAUAUGACCAUCCAAUAUGUAUUAAUAGAUUAGCAGAACUUGAAAACGGAGUAUUUGCUGAAUUGGUUGGCUGAUGCGCUUUCGAAACCGGGCGAUGACCCGCCGUCUGGAAAGAUAUAUAAAGAGUCUAUCUCCCAUGUAUCUUGAGAUAUUCUACAACUCUUAAAGCAAUCGAUAUAUAAAUCCUUGACCAUUUACCAACAUGAAGACCGCUACUACAAUCCUCUGCGUGGCCCUUCCUCUUCUCGCCAGCGCGGAGAUGUGCAAUGUCUUCAACAACGACGGCCCGGUGCACUGCAGAAGCAGCCCGAAAUUUAGCGCCAAAUCAGUCACCACGAUUGGUGACGGAGAUGCUUGGGACUUUUCCUGCUAUAAGUCGGGAGACUGCUACGAAGGAGUUUGUUCCUGGGACUAUAACUGGGAAUUGAAGUGCUACAUCAAUGGAUUUUAUACUUCAGACCAGUGCAAUUCCAAAAAUCUCCCCAAGUGUUAAUGAGUAUAAGGGAUGUAUUAAGUAUGUGCCUGGAGGACAUAUGAUAGGAGUUGAAUGUAAACAUGAAUAUGAAACUAUAUAUCCAGAUAUAAGCAAAUGUCGAAGGCGAUUCAUUUGCGUGUGAAGCCGAAUAUAAAAUGUGAAUACCUAUUCAG